GUAAACAAUCGAAGGAGGUGAUAUCAUCGCAAAUAAAAUGGAUCCCUUAAGUGUCCUAGAAAAACGCGUUGAAUAUCUCUCGCGCAUCCUCCCGAAAGAAACGAAGGAAAAUCUGAAAGAGGAUAAUGUCAUCGACUCCAUCAUCUCGGCCGACACACUUAUUUCGAGUGCGAUUCGUGGUCAUGAAAAAAUGAACGAAGUCGUCAAACGAUCCGCAGAAGUCGAAAAAUUCCUCGAUCCAAAUUUUGUCGUGGAAAAUCAACAAAUCAACAUGAAAGAAAUUUUCAUCACCACAAUGGUCAACGAAUUGGCGCACAGUUUCGAGUUGCUGGACAAAAUCAAGCAACUUCAGCCAACACUCGGAGCUGAGUACUUCGGAAACAUUCCAGAUGUCACGGAUAAAUUGAAAGUGAUGAUCCAGACAGCAAAGGAACAAAAGGAAAGGAACGAAAUUACGGAAGAAACGUUAAUUACGAGUAUUCAGCGUUACAGCGAGCUGCAAGAAGAGAUUCAUCGGAAGCUGAAAGAGAUGAACGACGAAUUAGAUCGAUUUGAAGAGGAGCAGGAACGUCGUAAAAAAGCAGACGACUAAAUAAAAAGAAUAUUUAUUAACCGAAAA